AUGUCACCAACAAAUAAAAUUGAAGAGAAUGUUAAUAAUCAACCACAACCACAAUCACAACAACAACAAACCAAUGAUAAUGUAAAUAGUCUUGUAAAUUCAGUUUCUAGUGUUGUACAGAAUGCUCAAGCAAAAGAUAUCUAUUUGGCACCUGGUACCAUUGAGAAACUGGUUGACUAUGUAGAGAGAAAAGAGAAGCGUGAAGAGAAAAAGAGUGCCAAGUUGUUGAAAAAGGAGCAAAAGAAGACGGAAAAGAGUGCCAAGGUAGAGGAAAAGAUUCUCAAAAAAGUUGAAAAAGCACUCGACAGGGCUGAGAAGAAACACGAACGUUCAGAGAAGAAACAAGAACGUACCGAGCGUAAAGCAGAACGAAGAGCAGAGAAAGACGUUCAAAAGGAUAAUAAGUCGAUUAAUGAUGCUGAGAAGGUUGCAUUGGAGUUGGAAACAGAAAGAAAUAAUGAAAUAGAUAACUAUCAUAUUGUUAAUAAUAUUAAUAAUAGUAAUAAUAGUAAAGAUAAUUGUCAUGAAAAGAAACAUCAUCAUCAUCAUCAUAAACAUCAUCACCAUAAUCAUAAACACCAUCACCAUCACCAUAAACACGAUAAAGAAGAAACAAAUCAUGAUGAUGAUGAUAAUGUAGAGGUGGAAGUUGAAAAUGAAGAGAAAGAGAAACAUCAUCACAAGAAGCAUAAUAAACAUCAUCACAAGAAAGAGAAACACCAAUCACAGAAUAUUAAUUAUCUUGACUGGCGCAAGGAGAUCAAUAAAGUAUUAGCAGAGUAUCCUGCUGGAUCGGUUGUGCCAUUCGAUGAGGUUCGUGCCAAGGUCAUCAAGAUUCAACAUGAUAAAUUAGAUUUACUUUUAAAUAAGAAAUUCAACAAAAUUGUUAAAAAGAGUAAACACCAAUUUAUUUUAUCUCCUGAAGGUAUUCAACAGCAACCAAGACAACCACGUUCAGAACAAAUCCCUCAACAACAACAACAGCAAGUAGCAGUUGUACAACAAGUAGUAGAACAACCAGUUUUUCAACAAUUAUCACCAGCAUCAUUGCCAGUUAACAAUACAAUUGAAAUUGAUCAGUAG